UCCCUUCUCCUCUUCUCUCCACUAAACCAAUUGUUGUUAUUCAUAUUAGUCGCCGAACUAAAUAAGCCAUAAUCAUGCCUUCGAUUAUCUAUAAAAACUCGAUAGAAACAAUUGGGAAGCUUGUUCCCGGGAAAUUACAACCACUGUGGAAUCAUCCAGCAGGUCCACAAACUAUUUUUUUCUGGGCACCAGUAUUCAAAUGGGGUCUUGUUCUAGCAGGUUUAGGGGAUCUACAAAGACCUGCAGAAAAAAUUUCAAUCAGCCAGUCAACCGCUGGACUUAUUUGGACUCGAUACUCAUUAGCUAUUACCCCAAAAAAUUGGAGUCUUUUUAGUGUCAAUGUUUUUGUAGCAUUUACUGCCAUAUAUCAAAUAGCUAGAGCAAUUAAAUAUCAAAAAGAACAAUCGAGUCUACAAAUAGCAUCGGAGCUGUCUAAUUAAUAAUUCGUUUGUGAAAGGCAAUCUAUCAUUGAUUAAACCUUUCUCUUGAAUUUUUAAAUGGCGAAUGCCAUAAUUAUAUUCAAAUGUGAUGGUGAUAAAUAAGUUAUUAAAAAUUAAAAAUAUAAAUAUUUUACUACUGUUUUAUCUCAAUGGAAGUUCAGUUGAUCUGAGAAGCAUCUUAUUACACUACCAUAAUGACUGUAUAAAUCACAUUUCAUUAAUUGAAAAGAUAAAAAAUAUCAUUAGGAAAUAUUUUUAACGUUCAUGUAUAUUGUUCUAUAUAACUAUCUUUUCUUUAAAAAAAAAAUUAAGGCAGGUCCUUGCAAUACAAUAAUUGUAUUUU